GUGUAAUUUUGCAAGUCCAUGAAAUUGUCAAGACUGUCAAGAGGUGCACUUUUGGAAACGUAGAAAACGUGUGAUUUUCUUCGAUAUUCUAACUAUUUUCAAUAUGUUAUCACUUAAGUAGAUACCAACAAGUUGUUUGAUUCUUAAAAAUGGCUCGCCAUCGUGACGUUCGAAAUAGAAGCUACUCCGACGACUACGACGAUGACGAUGUUUAUGGACAUUCCGUUGAAGAUGAGAGCUAUAUGUCGCCUAGUGACACUGCACAAUGGAUAUACGAUCGGAGUCGUAACCAGCAGGCCAUAUCGCACUUCAUGCAGAGUCACAAUGACAUCCAGGAGGAACCGGAGGACGAUGUUGCCGAGUCCAGUCAUCCCGCUCUCGAACGACGCGAGUCCAUAGACUUCCGUAGCCUUAACCUUGAUGAGGAUGACGAGGCCAAGCUCAUGUCGUGCCUAGACGAGCUUAGGAAUGUUAUAGGUGACACAAUUUCAGACAAUAUACUCAUACAAACGGUUAUUAAGCACAAGUUUGAUUUUAAUAAAUCUCUUGAUGAUAUUUUGAACAGAAACAGUAAGGAGCCAGUAUUACCGAAACUAGAGCCGGUAAAACCUGUGGUGAUCAUAGACCCUGUAAAAGCUCCUGUUAUAACAACUAUAGAGACAGCACCAAAAGUAAUUGCUACUAAUCUGGAACCAAAGACUGCUGCAGUUGUCAAAGGAUUCAAAGUGAAUCAAGAUGGCAGCUCUAGCAGUCGCCCGCAAACACCCAGAGACCAAUCACCCUGCACAGAUAGAGUAUCAAAGACUGAACUACUAGAUGAAGUUAAAAUAACACCUAAAGUGAAAGAAAACAAAGUAGAUGCAAACACACAAUACUCAAAUGAGAGGGGAUCUGAUAAGGACCACUUGUAUAUAGUUGUUAUAGGACAUGUGGAUGCGGGCAAGUCCACUCUGAUGGGACGACUGCUCUGUGACCUUGGAGAGGUGAACCAACGGACUCUGCACAAGUAUGAGCAGGAGAGCAAGAAGAUUGGUAAACAAAGUUUUAUGUAUGCUUGGGUUCUGGACGAAACUGGUGAAGAGAGAGUGAGAGGCAUCACUAUGGACAUAGGAAGAGCACAAUUUGAGACCAAGACCAAAAGAGUUAUUAUAUUGGAUGCUCCCGGCCAUGCCGACUUCAUCCCUAAUAUGAUAACAGGUGCAGGCCAAGCUGAUGUUGCUCUCCUUGUAGUUGAUGCUACUAGAGGGGAAUUUGAAUCAGGCUUUGACCUUGGAGGUCAGACAAGGGAGCAUGCUCUACUAGUGAGAUCACUGGGAGUGAGCCAACUUGCAGUAGCAGUGAACAAACUAGACACAACAAAUUGGUCCCAAGAGAGGUUUAAUGAGAUUACAAAAAAACUUAAAUUCUUCCUUAAACAGGCUGGUUUUAAGGACACCGAUGUAACAUAUGUGCCUUGUUCAGGAUUAACCGGUGAAAACUUAGUGAAGUCACCAACUGAAGCAGAGUUAUUGAAGUGGUACAAAGGACCAUGUCUUCUAGAAGUUAUAGACAAAUUUAAUGUGCCUGAAAGGCCUGUGUCCAAACCCUUACGCUUAUCUGUUAAUGAUGUAUAUAAAGGUACUGGUGCAGGUUUCUGUGUGGCCGGGCGGAUUGAGAAUGGCAUGAUCAGUAAAGGAGAUAAGGUGUUAGUAUGUCCAACUAAAGAAAUGGCUGAAGUAAGAAACAUAAGUAUCAAUGAAAUGACCAGCAAUGUUGCCUUUGCUGGAGACCAGGUCAGUGUGACCCUCUCUGGUGUUGACAUGCUGAAUGUUGCAGUUGGAUAUGUACUGAGUUGUCCAGUCCAACAAGUGCCUGUAACUACUAAGUUUGAAGCAAGAAUUGUAGUUUUUAAUGUCAAGGUGCCAAUAACAAGAGGAUACCCUGUGCUCAUUCAUCACCAGUCAUUAGUGGAGUCUGCUAACAUUGUAAAACUGAAGGCUUUGUUGAAUAAAAGUACGGGUGAGCUGAUGAAGAAGAACCCGCGUGUUUUGGGCAACAACUGUGUGGCUGUUGUGGAUAUCGAGGUGUGUCGCCCCAUCUGUGUAGAGCGGUACAAGGAUGUGAAGGAGCUGGGCCGCGUCAUGCUGCGCGUGGCCGGCACCACCAUAGCCGCCGGCCUCGUCACCGACAUCCUCAAAACCAAAUCGAUCUGAUAAGCUUGUCACUAUCAAAUGUUAUGGCAUCCUCCAGA